AAAAGGGGCUGUUUAAAGUUUGGACAAUUGUUCCUGAGAUUCGUUAUCUUGGGACGGGAAUUUCUCUUUCCCAGGAAUUUGCGUGAUUGCUACCAUUACCGGGGUCGUUUACUGAGAUGCUUAUCGAGCGCGCCACUCUGCUGCUCGUGCUUGCAUGCCCCUGCCUGCCUGCCUGCCCGGGGUUAUGGACGUAGAGUGCUCGCGUCAUUGAACGACUUUUUGAGUUUAGGCUUUGAUAAUUUCACGAGAGACAGGACAGGGCUGCGGGAUUUUUCGGAAGUGCCGCUUGAAUGUGGACUUUCGUCGUUAUGGUUGAAUGCACUGUAAGCAGCUGCUGAAGAGCGGAAGUGGAGGCAGUUAGUGCUACACGAUAGGUAGAAAGUGUUUUGGUCAAUGUCGUGAACAAUUCCAGUGGUUGAUGUGAUGGCGGGCGUGUGAUGGACCCCUCUCUCUGUAAAUUACUGGGGGACCAGGGAGCUUGUUUGAGAAGUCACGUGAAUUAUACGCAGUGAGCGAACUAUGGAAGGCCGAGUCGUUAUUGAACUGUCCAAGUCUGCGAGGGCAGUGUGUCCACUUUGCGGGCUUGCUAUUUCAAAGGACAUCGUCAGAGUCGGGAAAGAAUCAAUCGCGCAGGGUCCUUUUCGGAGUAUCCGCUGGUAGGGAUUGUAAUUAUAUUAGCAGUUUUCCACACCUCGAAGAUGUGCUCUUCCAAUUGAGACUUCUAGUAGUUCAGAGCGAAAGUUUUCGCACGAUAUGGCUGCGUCAUAGUGCAUUCACUGUAGUCAGAAGUGUUUUCAAGCUCCCUGUGGUAGGAUUUCCAAGUUUUGUAAGUCAAUUCAGCUGACCUUUCUACUUCUCACGGCAUCAUCCUUGGUGUUUUUCGGAAAAUUAUCCAGAUACUGAUUAUUCGAAGAUGGACGGUUUCGUUGCUUUGAGGACGAUGGAUCAAACAAUAUUACAAAAUUUGAAAAAGAACGUGGAUUCCAAAAAUUCUGAGAAAUUAAAAUCUUCUUCUCCAUCUUCGGUUUCACCACCGACCAAGGUUGGGAAACCUGUCAAUGUGAUGGCACUCACCCCUGCAGAUCUGAAGCGCUUUACGAUGCCCCAGAUGUCCAUAAGUUACAAGGGUGCCCGAUUACCGGUGGGUUGGAAAAGUUAUUCUACUCUCCUUGUCUAUGAGGCAGAUAAUCUGAGACCUUCCGAAAAGAUUGCAGCUUUUGACUUCGAUGGAACUUUGGUUGAUACGAACGUUAGAAGACCUGGUGCAGAUGCUUGGAAACUGCUCUAUCCUAACGUGGCGGAGAAGUUGGCCUUCUUCCAUCACGAAGGUUACAAACUGGUGAUCUUCACAAAUGAGUCGAAUAUUGAUCGUUUUACGAAUAAACGACAGGCAGCCAUUGAUAGCAAAUUAGGGCGGCUGAAAGGCCUCAUGGACAUCACAAAUGUGCCAAUGCAGGUUUUCAUUGCUUGUGGGAAGUCCAAUACAGGGGAUUCCUUUCGGAAACCUGCCAUCGGAAUGUGGCAAAUCUUGGAGCAUUAUUUCAACGCAGGACUGCCAGUAGACAGAGAGAGGUCCUUUUACGUUGGAGAUGCUGCUGGAAGGGAAGGGGACCAUAGCGCUGCCGAUUCAGAGUUUGCCGAGGCAUUGGGAUUGAAGUUUUUACUUCCAGAAGAUGUCUUCGGCGCUAUAACUGGUCCAGGAUCUCCAUGAUUUUCACGAAUGCGAAGUACCAGGAGUUCUGCUUCCUUUGAACACCUGUGAAUGAACAUAGUCAACGUUGUAUUCCUUUGUAUAUUCAUUCUAAGGGUCGCUCGUGGAACAAACAGGAUUUUGCUGCAUUCUUUGAGUCGUUUUUCAUACUUCAAAUUUUGUUGUCAGCAGAGUCCAUUAAGAACAUAGUUUUAGGUAACUCCAAAAUUUUCCGAGCCCUUUAAUUCCCCUCGAGUAAUUGGGAGGAGUGAUCAAGUUUUGACGAGCUAACGGAGAUGCACAAAUAGCCACAUUGUCUCAAAAGUCUCAUUUGUGGUCAUCAUGGAUUCAGGCAUUCAGGCAGAGCUUAUCUGAAGACAUAGUCUGCUGUAUAUACUACUCAAGUACAGUAUGGCGCUAACGAGUAAUUCUGUAAUUUGGCUUUGGUAGACGAGCAGCCAAAUUAGAGUAAAUUGGGAUGAGUUAAGUUGGAAUUGAUACGCUUACAAGCAAAAGCUCAUGGCGUUCUCAAUUUUAGUUUUGGAGGAGUUGAAAGCAGUAAAGAAUAAGAACUACUCAACGUCGAGACUUGCCCUUAGCCCCUGAAAUUUUGUUCACUGUCUCUGAUUUAGAGUACGUAUCAAUAAAGGG